AUGCCGUUCAUCACAGAGGCCCUUCGGAGCCUACCGCCUCUUUGUACAGUUGCCGGCUUUCUGACAAACACGUUGCAAUCGUUCCUUCAGGUGGGAUAUCAUUCGGACGGAUUGGCGGAGUCGAUACUCCCCCGGGCGGAUGAAUUCCAAACCUCAUAUUUCUGUCAACAAAUUGUUCAUCGACAAAAUUUCGGAUCGAGAGUACCAGCAAGCGCGCAAUAUCUGAUUAUUCCCGGUCCAGUCCAUCAUAUCCAAUCUUCCUCUGGAGGACCUACCGAAGAGUGUCUUGACGGUGGUCUCUGGCUUGAUGAUGGAUCUGCCGAUAUCGAAAUUAUUAGACGGCUUCAGAUGCAUCCAUGGAUUGAUCCAUGGAAUGAUGAUGAUAGCCCAAUAGAGGAAGCAAAGAUUCAAGAGCCGUGCCGGGAAACUAUUUCACAGUGGUGUGCUGAGAUCCAGGAGCAUCGAACUUCCGGUGAGAUUUCAAGGGAAUACACCUUUUUCGUCCCUCCGCUCGAAGAAGUAAUGACGGAUCAGAGGCCUGGGGAUCGGACUGGGUGGGACCAGUAA